AUGUUCAAGGCAAAGAAUUGCAGGAAAAGAAAAAGCAACCAACCAGAAAGAUCCGCUCCUUCUGCUUUGUGUUUAAUGUUUUUACUUUUCCUCAAAUACAGAGCUUGUAGUCAGGAUACUGAUGGACUCUACUUGUAGAUCAAAAUGCCUGCGCCGGAGACAACUGAAUUAGACGUAGAUGGAGGAAUUGAUCAAGACAUCUUUGACAUCAAUGAAGCUUUAGGACUAGACCUUUUUGAGGGAGACAUCAAACUUGAUGGGAUGCAGGAACGAAACUCCAUCAUUGGUGAUAAAUAUCGAUGGCCCCACGUUAUCCCCUAUGUCCUUGAUGAUAGCCUAGAAAUGAAUGCUAAGGGACUCAUCCUCAAGGCAUUUGAACGGUAUCGACUAAAAACCUGUAUUGACUUCAAACCUUGGGAAGGGGAGAAGAAUUACAUAUCUGUGUUCAAAGGAAGUGGCUGCUGGUCCUCAGUGGGAAACCGCCAAGAGGGGAUGCAGCAGCUCUCCAUCGGAGCCAACUGUGACAGGAUCGGCACGAUUCAGCACGAGUUCCUGCACGCCCUGGGAUUCUGGCAUGAGCAGUCACGGUCCGACCGGGACGACUACGUGUCCAUCAUGUGGGACAGGAUUCAGACUGGUAAAGAUCAUAAUUUCAACAAAUACGAUGAUAAAACAUCAGACUCGCUGAAUGUUCCCUACGACUACACUUCUGUGAUGCACUAUAGCCAAAAUGCAUUCAGGAAUGGAACUGAACCCACCAUCGUCACUAACAUACCAGACUUCAUGGAUGUUAUAGGACAGCGAAUGGAUUUCAGCGAUUAUGAUCUCCAGAAACUGAACCGGCUCUACAAUUGCUCCUCCUCCCUAAGUUUCAUGGACACAUGCAGUUUUGAACUUGAAAAUAUCUGUGGCAUGAUUCAAAGUUCAGAUGAUAACAGUGAGUGGCAGCGUUUGUCUCAGGUUUCUGCUGGACCAAAUACUGAUCACACUAAUAUGGGAGAAUGCAAAGGUUCUGGCUACUUCAUGCAUUUCAACACCAGCACUGGAGCAGCAGGAAGCACGGCUAUCCUGGAGAGUCGAAUUCUGUAUCCCAAAAGAGGCUUUCAGUGCUUACAAUUCUAUUUCUAUAACAGCGGUCACGAAAGCGACCAACUCUAUGUCUGGGUCAGGGAGUAUACUUCAGCUCAUCCCAGUGGUACUUUGAGACUAAUUGAAGAGAUAAAAGGUUCACCUGCGAGUUACUGGCAGCUCCAUCACGUUUCUUUGAACGUUACAAGCAAAUUCCGGGUUGUGUUUCAAGGCACGAGAGGAAGCGGCUUAUCAAAGGGAGGCCUUUCUAUUGAUGACAUCAACUUGUCAGAAACUCAGUGUCCCCACCACGUCUGGCAUAUCAGAAAUUUCACACAUCUCCUCAACACAAGUCCAGCAGGGACAGAAGGAAGAAUAUACAGUCCACCUUUUUACUCCAGUAAAGGAUAUGCUUUUCAGGUCAGCUUGUAUGUAAAUGGUACCACCGAUAACCCAUUUAAUUUAGCAAUGUACUUGCACUUGAUUUCUGGAGCAAAUGAUGAUCAGUUGCAAUGGCCCUGCGCAUGGCAACAAGGUACCAUGAUUCUGCUCGACCAGCAUCCUGAUAUUCGUCAACAGAUGUCAAACCAAAGAAGUAUAACAACCGACCCUCUGAAAUUAUCAGAUUCCUCAUCAACUUAUUUUUGGGAUAGGCCAGAUAAAGUGGGAUCUGCAGCAUCUUUUCCCAAUGGAACUACAUUCAUGAGAGGUCCAGGAAGUGGAACGACCGCAUUCUUAACUCAUCAGAGACUUAGAAGCCGCAACUUCAUUAAAGAAGACAGUGUUUAUAUUCUUUUAACAAUGGAAGAUAUAUCACAUCUACUAUCAACUCAGCCAAGCGUUUCACCCACCUUUGUUAUGAAUACAUCCAGUGCCAACACCAUCAAACCUACCUCUACCACCACAAGGCCUACCACCACCACAACACCCUCUGUCACCCUGACGGAAAAGCCAGAGACAGAGGUGCCCAAUUUCUGCGCAGACAACCCUUGUGAAAACAACGGUAUCUGUGUUAUUGUAGAUACAGCACAGGUGUGCAGAUGUCCAGCAGGUGACAACUGGUGGUACAUGGGAGAAAAGUGUGAAAGGAAAGGCUCAACUCGAGAAAAUACUGUAAUAGCUGUUUCUUCAACCAUAAGUGUAUUUGUUGUAAUGCUUAUUGUCACUAUCACAACUGCAGUGUGCCUUAAAAAGAAAUACAGUCAAAGAAAGGAAAAUGGGGAGAGCCUGACUCUAGAAAAUAAAACAUCCUUCUGAAGAUAACGCAAACAAGUAUCAACGACACAAGAUGAACAUCACUGGAAAACCACAAGUAUGACAUCAUUCUUUCUGUUACUUUUAUGUCAACCAUUAUGAUAAAG